AAUAAAAAACCGGCGCAAACGCGUCGGCCCCUCGACAGUUCAACAAACGAACACGCGAUUUACUUCGAUGGCGCUUCUCCGUUGACCAUUCCAUUCUCAUUCAAUCCCUCUAUCUGCUCCCGGCUUGGCUCUGCUGUGUCUUUUUCUUCUUCUUUUUCUGUCUCCCCAUUUUACACUUUUCGGUUGCUGUCCCGUGCCAAAACCGAGUGGUUUUUGGUCCGCCACGGCUCAGAGCCGCAGAAAAAAGGGUCAAAUUCAUGGGACUUUACCCUCUUCAACCCACAAUUGAUUUCAUCACUUCUUCAAUUCUUUCUUGUAUGGGUGUCUCUUUUUACAGCUUCCAAUGAGAAUUCCGUUCACUUCAUGGGUUUUCUUGAUACCCAUAUGCUCAAUUUUCCUCAGCUUCUGUAUCUUUGUGGAGGCUGGCCAAUGCUUGGACAGUCAAAAGUCCUUGUUGGUCCAAUUGAAGAACGACCUUACAUUCAGUCCCGCUGCUACGUCCAAAAAAAUUGCUCAGUGGGAUCAAACUUCCGAUUGCUGUUUCUGGUCAGGUGUAAACUGCUCCGAUGGAUAUGUUACUGGUCUCGAUCUGACCAACGAAUCCAUCUCCGGUGACUUAAGCAGCCUCUUCAAUUUUCAGAAUCUCCAGAACCUGAGCUUGGCUUACAACAAUUUCAGCGGUUCUCAAAUUCCAUCGGAGUUUGAGAAGCUGACGAAUUUGAGAUAUUUAAACCUAACAAAUGCUGGCUUUGCAGGACAGAUACCAAUUGAGAUUUCUCGCUUGACAAGGUUAGUUUCUCUUGAUUUAUCUGCCGAUGUCUUCCUCGGAGCUACUCCUCUGAAACUUGAGGAUCCAAACUUGAAUAUGUUGGUUCAGAACCUUUCGGAGCUUAUAGAACUUCAACUUGAUGGGGUAAACAUAUCAGCACGAGGGAAUGAGUGGUGCCGGGCCUUAUCAUCUUCACUGCAAAAUCUGAGAGUUUUGAGUUUGUCAAAUUGUUAUCUUUCGGGCCCCAUUGAUUCCAACUUACUGAAGCUUCAGUACCUCUCGAUUAUUCGUCUGGAUAAUAACAAGUUGUCUACUCCAGUUCCAGAUUUCUUUGCAAAUUUCAGACAAUUGACGUCCUUGCGUCUCAGUUUUUCUGGGUUGACUGGCACAUUUCCAGGAAAGAUCUUCCAGGUACAAACACUAGAGAUUCUUGACUUGUCUAAUAACGUACUACUUCAUGGUCGUUUGCCAGAUUUUCCUCAGAAUGGGUCUCUUCGCACUCUGUUUCUUAGCAAUACAAAUUUUUCAGGGACAUUAUCAGAUUCUAUCAGUAAUCUUAUAAAGUUGUCCAGAAUAGAUCUUUCAAACUGCAAUUUCAGCGGAUCAUUGCCACACUCAAUGGCAAAUCUUACCAAAUUGCUUUUUUUGGACAUGUCAUCCAACAGUUUCAAUGGACCAAUUCCAUCAUUCAGUAUGGCCAAGAAUCUGACCCAAAUAAACCUUUCUCAUAAUGAUCUAAUAGGUCAGAUUACCUCCACUAGCUGGGAAGAGCUUCAGUAUCUGGUAAGCCUUGACUUACGUUACAAUUCACUAAAUGGGAGUAUUCCAGCUUCUCUGUUUUCCCUUCCAUUAUUGCAAAAAUUACAACUUUCCAACAACCAAUUUUCUGGUCAACUCAACCAAGUUUUCAACUUUUCUUCUCACCUCCUGGACACCCUUGAUUUGAGUAGCAACAACUUGGAUGGGCCAAUACCCACGCCUGUAUUUGAACUCCAAGGUCUUAAGCUCCUCUCACUUUCUUCAAACAACUUCAAUGGCUCCUUGCAGCUUAAUGUGAUUCAGCGGUUGAGAAAUCUUUCCAGUCUUGAUCUUUCGUACAACAGUUUAUUGGUUGAAUAUAAUGGAAAUGAUGGAAUUAAUUCAUCUUUGUCCUCCUUUCCCAAUAUUACCACAUUAAAAUUGGCUUCUAGCAAGUUGAAAAAGUUUCCUGAUUUCUUGAAAAACCAAUCCAAAUUA